CGGGGACCCCACCCCACCCCACUCACCCCCGCGUACGCGCCAGCCGGAGCAACAGGACCCCGCGGGGGCUGCAAGGCUUGCUUCUAGAAUCUGGGCAUCACAGCCGUUGUAGAUGUUGAAACCCGGGACUUGCCCCACCGACUGGGACGGGACUAGGCGUCUGGACCCAGCUGCCGACUGCUUUGAAGACUCCGCAAUGCUCGGCCGCUGGUGGAACUGAAGGAACGGUGGGAGAAGACCCUUCUGUGUCCCAGCGACUUCCCUGUCUCGUGUGCCACCAAGUUGGUGCCCCCUUUUCUUCUAAGACGAGCCCAGCCAGCCAAUCAAAAUAGAGUCCCUCAAGGUGAAAGUUGACUUCCUGAAGGUGCCCCUCGGCCUGAAGAAGCCCACCUUGAAGGAGGCAGCGGCGGCGGCCUUGGCGGCUGUCCCCGGUCCUGGGAGACCUAAGUCUGUCAACGUGGAACGCUACAAGGCGCGGCGUUCCGACAACAUGGACAACGAGUCGCAGUAUUCCGGGUACUCCUACAAGUCCGGGCACUCGCGCAGCUCCCGGAAGCACAGGGAGCGGCGAGAGCGGCACCGAUCCAAGAGUCGAGACGGCAGCCGAGGGGACAAGUCGGUCACCAUCCAGGCGCCUGGGGAGCCCCUCUUGGACAACGAGUCGACGCGAGGAGACGAGAGGGACGACAACUGGGGCGAGACCACCACGGUGGUGACGGGCACGUCGGAGCACAGCAUCUCCCACGAUGACCUCACGCGCAUCACCAAGGACAUGGAGGACAGCGCCCACCUGGACUGCUCCCGUCACCUGGGCGUGGCGCUGGCGGGGGCCCUGGCCCUCCUCUCCUUCCUCACCCCCCUGGCGUUCAUGCUGCUGCCCCAGCUGCUGUGGGGGGAGAGCCUGGCGCCCUGCGGGACCCCGUGCGAGGGGCUCUUCAUCUCGGUGGCCUUCAAGCUCCUGAUCCUGCUGCUGGGCAGCUGGGCCCUCUUCUUCCGCCGCCCCAAGGCCUUCUUCCCCCGCAUCUUCGUCUUCCGGGCCCUGCUCAUGGUGCUGGUCUUCCUGCUGGUGGUCUCCUACUGGCUCUUCUACGGCGUCCGCAUCCUGGACUCGCGCGACACCAACUACCAGGGCAUCGUGCAGUACGCCGUCUCCCUGGUGGACGCCCUGCUCUUCGUCCACUACUUGGCCGUGGUGCUGCUCGAGCUGCGGCAGCUCCAGCCCCACUUCACCCUCAAGGUGGUCCGCUCCACCGACGGGGCCAGCCGCUUCUACAACGUCGGCCACCUCAGCAUCCAGCGAGUUGCGGUGUGGGUCCUGGAAAACUAUUACCACGACUUCCCAGUCUACAACCCGGCCCUCCUCAACCUGCCCAAGUCAGUCCUGUCCAAGAAGAUGUCUGGGUUCAAGGUGUACUCGCUUGGCGAAGAAAACACAACCAACAACUCGACCAGCCAGUCCCGGGCCGUCAUCGCCGCAGCCGCCCGGAGGCGGGACAACAGCCACAAUGAGUAUUACUACGAGGAGGCGGAGCACGAGCGCCGGGUGCGCAAGCGGAGGGCCAGGCUGGUGGUGGCUGUGGAGGAGGCCUUCACGCACAUCAAGCGGCUCCAGGAGGAGGACCAGAAGAACCCGCGGGAGAUCAUGGACCCACGAGAGGCGGCCCAGGCCAUCUUCGCCUCCAUGGCCCGGGCCAUGCAGAAGUACCUGCGCACCACCAAGCAGCAGCCGUACCACACGAUGGAGAGCAUCCUGCAGCAUCUGGAGUUCUGCAUCACCCAUGACAUGACGCCCAAGGCCUUCCUCGAACGAUAUCUGGCCGCUGGGCCCACCAUCCAGUAUCACAAGGACCGCUGGCUGGCCAAGCAGUGGACUCUGGUCAGCGAAGAGCCGGUGACCAACGGCUUGAAGGACGGGGUGGUCUUUGUCCUGAAACGCCAUGACUUCAGCCUGGUGGUGAGCACCAAGAAAAUCCCCUUCUUCAAGCUCUCCGAGGAGUUUGUGGACCCCAAAUCGCACAAGUUUGUGAUGCGGCUUCAGUCGGAGACCUCGGUGUGAACUGCAGCUGGGGCGAAGGGCUUGGCUGCUGGGGAACAACCUUCUGCAAGGGGGGCAGCCUGGCGCGCAACGUCUGUCUCUUUGGGGUUUGGGUGAGGUGGCCGAGCGUGCCAGGAGGCCUUCCUGGAGUUUACGUCCAUGUUGCUGCGUCUUCAGAUGUCGGCGUUGACCACUCCGUCCGUCCCUUCCCGUUUGCAAGUUCUUCACGGCGCGAGGGGAGGGGAGGGGAGGGGGCGCUCCCUUUCCCACCCCUUCCAGUUUCCACGCUCUCAAGUCCCAGUUUUGUUAGAGAUCCUCCAGGAGCUCACGAGGUUUGCAGACGGACAGGACCUCCUCUGCUCUCUCCUCCCUGCCCCAAUGAUAACGCUUGAAAGUUACGGUGCCAAAUUCUAAGGGCUAAUUCCGUUCACUGUCUUCACCAGCAUCUCCAAAUGCCGUUGGGUUUGAGGAGCCUUUUUGAAUGUCCUUUUUUUUUUUUUUCUUUUUUACAAAACAACAACAACAACAACAACAACAUACCAACCAGCUAACCUCACAGUCCUGACCUUGGAAACGUCACCUGAUGCUGUCGUUCUUCUCUUCAUCUCUGAGUUCCGACUCGACUUGCACAAGAUGUUGUGAAGCGUUAUAAAAGAGAAAUGCCUAUUGGUGGUAGGCUGUAGCUGCUAUUUUUUUUAAAAAAACUUUCCAUCCUGAUGUAGCACAUGCAAAAACACGCCAGCUGGACCUCCCGGUUUUAGCAAGUCCAGUACACAGACAUCCUGUUUCAACCUUUUCUGGUGUCUUUGUCCAGCUCAACUUUCUAAACACACACAAAAGAUACACGUAGGAAGGGGGGGUUUUUUUGGGUAAAGUUUUAAAAUGGUGACUUCUUCUUCUUCUUUUUUUUUUUUAAGAUACUGAUCCUUGUACUUUUUAAAGAAAUCCUGUGUGUUGUAAAUAGUUGCUCCUCAAUUUCUCUGUGGUUUGAGCCCUGCUUUGACUUGAAGGCAGAUACUCAAGUGCGUCGGUGUUCCCGUUCAUUUUGGCGAGAUUUGGUGGUGGUGGUGGUGGGUUAGUAGUCCUUGGAAGCCCUCAGCCAAAAGCCGUGAAUUGCAAAAUUCUGGGACUCCCUUGUUCUCCAUCUUGGUUUUGUUCCACCAUCUUGUUGUUUUGUUUGUUUAAAAAACAAAACAAAGAACAGGUCUGGGAUUCUCCCCUUAGACUGGUUGGAGAAUUCUGUCCAGUGUGAGGGGUGGUCAAUUCAUGGCUUUGUUCUUUGUGGCCGUUAGCCUUGUCCUGGACAGGGUGCCUUGGCUCCAUCUUGAAGAGCUUUGGAGGGAGAGACCAGUGUCUAGAGACACCCGUCCACUGUCAGGUGAAGGUGCAGCCUGCCCUGAGGUGGGGAAGGCAGCCACACGAGCUGCCACCUGCAGCCCCCCAAUCAGGGCCUGAAGCCGUUCGGAAUUCCACCAGCACCCCCUGAUGCUUUUGAGUGAUCCAAGAACAAAGAUGCUGAUUGGCUGGCUGCCAUUGGGGACUGGGAAGGAUGAGGUCACAAUGGGUUGAAAAUCUCUUUGUCCUUUUGGUGUCCUAAAUAUGGAUUCCCUCCCCCCCCCCCGUAUUUUUUUUUAGUUAACUUUUCUGGAAGAAAUCCUUUUUGUUAUGGGGAUACCUCAGGCGUUUUACUGACGGGGUUGUUUCUAUGGCAGUGCUGCAGUUCCAAUUCCUCUAAUUAUUUUUAAAUGCUACUUUCGAAAACGAAAUAGGGCCAGGUUGCUCUCAAACGGAUGGCAGCUUUGGCACUCAGCAGUUCUUGGAGGCUGUUUGGAGCCGUGUCCUUCUUUUGGGGGAGAGGGUCUGCUUGAGGCUUUGGGGUGAGGAUGUUGGGUGAGACACCUCGGAUUGCAUCACUGUGAUUUUUACAUUUUAUUUCCCUGAUUUUUUUUAAAAAAUGCUUUUAAAUAAUAAUAUUUAAAAUAUUAUUUACAAUUGGCGUGCAUGCAGCACCUGGUGAAAUUCCCUCUUCAUCACAACCGUUAAAGCUGCAGAAGCCCUGCCCUCUUUUGUACCUGGUCCCUCUAGCUCUAACUGUUGUGAUGCAGAGGGAAUUUCACCUGGUGCUGCAUGCAUAUAAAGGACACCUGCUGAAAUUCCCUUUUCUAGGCAAGUGUUAAAAAUACAGGAGCCUGGUCCUCCUUUGCAUAUGGUCACCCUACUCUGACUUUGGUUCUCAUUCUUCCACCUACUACUUUUGCCACCUGAAACCCAUGGCAGCAUCUCCUCCACUCUCUCCUUUUGACUUCGCUUACGAUACACACACACACACACACACACUUAAUCUGGCACUGGGGGUAUUAAGACCUCUGCCAAGGUCAUGAACGAUGACUGAUUGCUGGGUAGCAGCCCCUUGAAACUUCAUUGCAUGGAGAUGUGUCCUCUGUAGCUACUGACAAUGGCACAAGCCAGUCACAGCUGUUCUUUAAACCUAGAGAAAGUAACGCGAGAACCAGUUCUGUACACACGAACCCUAGAGCAACAGAUGCGUGACCAAUGAUUGGGUGAUUCCCAUGACUUAGUCAAGGGCUUCAUGUGAACCACUAACGACCCAUUCCUGUCGCAGUUAUGUGGCUGUCUUGGGUGAUAUUUUCUCCAGUUAGUUGUGCGGCCUUCCAGAGAUGGUUGGGCCAUCAUAUGAUGGAAGCUACAAAUAUCUGGAAAUGUUCACAAGUCGAGUGCUUCUCUGUCCUGGAAGAACUAAGCGAGGAGUCUUUCAUCCCUUUCCUUUCCUUUCCUUUCCGCGAACCAGUCAAGACCUUACUUGAUUUGUCCAUUCUUGCAUGCCCGGCCCUUCCAGAUGAUGGAACCUCUCUGCCAUUUCACAUUAUCACAAAGAAAACUCAGCAGGCUUUUAUCACAAGUGUGAUUUUGACACAAGACCCCUCGUUUGAACUGAACAUGUAAAAUAUAGGCCGUCAUUCUCCCCAAUCCCCCCAGCCUCAAAAACACACACACUGAAUCUAGAAAAAUAUUUUGGUUUUGUUUUGGUUUUUAUUUUUAAGACAGAGUUGAAAAACCUUGUGCAUGCAUGUAGAAAAUUGUAAAAUGUAAAUUGUUUUUUAAUAUAUAAAAUUUCGUUUUUACAGUUUGCAGUGGUACUAAGCAUUAUGGCAAUGUUAGUAAGUUUUUUUUUCAUAAAUAUAGGAAGUAAAACUGUACAUUUUUAAAUAAAAUAAACCCCUUUUGGAACUUC